GUUCGAGGGUAUAUUGGUUGGAAAAUAAGCCUGUUGAAAGGGGUUGCGCGUUGUGUAGAUUCUGUUGGUUCAGUGCAUGCGGUGUCGCUUUGAACGUGCAAUGAUCUGCGAGGAUUGGGUCCCUUUUCCCUUCAAUAGUCUAGGAUGGCGACAGGACCUCUCACGCUGUAAAAAAGUCACCGAGGACGAAAUUUGGCGAUAUUUAGGUCGCACCUCGUGUUCUCUUCGGCAAGCACAUCGCGGCUGGGCAUUCAAAGAAGAAGGUUUCGUCCGCAACGUGAUGCUGAAUGAAGAGACUGAGAACUCUGGUUUUGGGCUACUAAGGGCUACCUGUACGCCGUCGAUGAGAAAAGGCUUGUACACUGUGUCUGCAUGGUACAAGAAGGAGGAUGGACGAAUCGGUGGGGCUCACUGUCAGUGCGUAGCAGGGCUCAGCGAAACUUGCCAUCACGUGGCUGCUGUUCUGUUUUUCGUAGCAGAUGCAGCACAGUCUGGAGUGAGAACAUGCACGGAUCUCCCGUGCGCUUGGAUUGUGCCCUCACAAGGGAAGAAAGUCCCUUCUCCAAGACCACUGCAGGAAAUACAUUUCCAAAAACACUUGGUACACAAGCCAGCAAGGGAAUGCAGGAGGCGUAUUUACAACCCAUGUGAAGAACAGCGGGAUAGCGACACUGAUGCAUACAAAGACUUGCUUGAAGACAUGGGAGACCACCACCCGUCUAUGCUGUGGUUUCGGCAUGCCGCCCCAAACAAGGAUGCCGUUGUACCCAAGAAGCCAUCUCUGCCCAUCAGUGACGAUGCCAACCUCAGCACGGAAGGUGCUGUACUGAUCAGCAAGGAGUUUCAACGGUUCCUGAGGCCAUUGACAGACGAGGAGAGGAAUCGGAUCACACUGCAAACUAUGAAUCAGUCCGAAAACAAGGAGUGGCACAAGGAGAGAAUUGGACGCCUGACAUCUUCACUGUUCAAACGAAUUGUUAAGUGCCGCACCCCCGAUGGACUAUUGAAGCAGCUGCUGUACCCCAAGGACUCUGCUUAUUCAGAGGCAAUUGCCUAUGGGAGAAGGAAUGAGUCUGUCGCUGUUCGUGCUUAUUGUGAACUUAUGGCUGCUCAAGACCGCAAUGUUUCUGUCCACAGCACUGGUCUGCAUGUUCACUCACUAUACCCUUUCAUAGCAGCCUCACCUGACCGUAUAGUCAGGGAACAGUCAGAUGUGGGGCUGUUAGAGGUAAAAUGCCCAUUUUCCAAGAUUGGACUUACAGCUAUAGAGGCCUGUGCAGACAAAACCUUUUGUUGCACGCUGGUAAAUGGAGAGGUACAGCUGCGAAGGGACCAUGCAUAUUACUAUCAGGUUCAGGGUCAGAUGGGAGUCACAGGAACAACAUGGUGCGACUUUGUCAUAUGGACCAAUGCCGGAAGCACAGGGAGGUCAAUUAGCAUUGAAAGAAUAUUUUUUGACGUUACGUUUUGGGAAACAGAAGUGCUCCCUGCACUACUGCAUUUUGCAAAACACGCUUUGGUUCCCGAGCUUUUAACGCAGCGUGUGAGAAGAUCAGGAAAACUGUACAUAAAGGGACAGUAUGUGUCAUACACACAAUGGAAGAAUGGCUACUACAUGUGUGAGCAAGGUCGUGGUCUGAAAUUUAAAAUAAAGAAGAUGGAAUAAAUGCUUUAACCUACGCAA